GCGACGCGUCACAACCUGCUGUAUUGAGUGUUUUUCUUUCGAAAAGAUUUCUUUCUUUCUCUCUCUGUAACGCCUCGCGACUCGCAUAAAGGUGUCAGUCAUUGCUGUUUUUGUUCUUGACUUUUGUUUCCGUUUUGGCGAAGGGAUGUUGAUGCUUUAAGCAGUUUUGGACCUCGCCUUCCAUUCAUCCUGUCGUUCACUCCAGACGCCCCCCUUCUUCGAAAUUUGAGCUCACACGCUUCUGUGUACUAUUAAUUCUUCAUAUAUAUAUAUAUUAUUGCCUUAAAAAAACUCUCUCUAUACACUCCCACACUCCCACACACACGCUCCUCGCUCAUCACACGAGCAGGCGAAAUACCAACACGACGACAACAGCGUAUUAUGUGUUUUGCUCUUCUCCAUAGAAGUUACUUUUUUUUUGGUGUUCGCUGAACUUUGCUGUGCGACAUCCGACCUAUUUUCCUUUUUUUGCAUCUUCCGCUGCUGGCGCGCUGCGCACCGCACACUUAUAUAUAUAUCAAUACAUCAAUAAACUCUCUUUUGUUUUUGUAAGGCUGCUUCUUCCUCUUUCUCCCUUGUUCUGCGUCACGUGUGCUUGUGCCGACGCGAACGUUUCUAUCUGAAAAGCAAAACACCCAACCGCAACUAUCACGUCGUGGAGAGACAAGUCAACGCGACCAUGUCCACCAAAGCAGCGGCAGCAAUAGACGACGACGAAGCGCCGACCGCCUCUGCCGGCCACACCUCAGACAAAUCGGACAGCGACCCUUCUUCGCAGAAAUCAUUGCACACUACCGAAAGUGCAAGAGGCGAGGUCGGACUGGUUGACAGCGCCGUGCACACGCCAAAGCGCACCUCACUGAACGUGGCCGCCGGGUUCCAGCCCUUUGCGACGGCCAAUACAUCCUCGCCUUUCCGCUCCGUUCAGCGGAUCUCUGUCACAGCUCCUACGACGCUACAGGAGUUUUAUCCGUCAACGUCAUCUAAUUCUUCAGAUCAGCGGUAUCAUCCACAGCAACUGCAGGAGGACGGGGGUGGUCAGCGUCACGGCACUUCGAAGUCCCCAGAAGCCGUGUCCACGCAGCGAACGUUGCCGAGCGAGGGAGCUGAGACGCCGCGGGUGUCACCGCAGACCGCAGCGCCGGUGAGCACGUCGACGUUGACAGAGCCAACGUCCCACACGCCUCCUGACGCUAGGAAAACCGCAAAGCGAGACGCUGCGAAGAAGAGCGCCUUGGCAGCCGCAGCACCGGCUGCAGCAACAGCAGCAAUCGGCGAUGCGAAAGGCGACACCGAUUCUUCUGACCCAGCUCAAGGCCUGCCGAACAAUGAACGUAACCAGCGAGGGCGGUUUCACGUCUCGACUGACUUGUACGCACCCCCGCAUCUGGAGCGUUCGGCUUCGAAAGCGGAGUCGUCGGCGUACAGCGAUGACUUCGAGGUCGGUGAGGACGAUAGCGACAUUUCCGCGCGUCUCGACUCACCGGCCUUCUUGCCCACGCAGCCGCGGUCACAAACGGCUGAGGCGCUGCAGCCCUCCCAGCGAAAUACGUCAGCGGAGCCUACGUCAGCCACUCCGUACCGCAUCCCUCCCACUUCGACACCCCUGCCUUCCGUGGCCGAACCGUCCGUAAACUACUCCCGCGGUGUGCCCAAUGCUGCCACCAACUCCAUGCCAGUCCAACCGAAUCGUACCAACGGCCGCGCGGGUGCGACAACGCCGCGGGUGCAGUACGUAGAGCUGAGCGAUGAGCAGCAGGAGCGACGUCGGGAGGGGGCCCUGGAGAAGCAGCUCCACGCGUGUCUUUACGACAAGGAGAGACAGGUGCUGGCUGUCUGCCUGCGGCGCUGGUACACGGCGAUGUUUCUCCGAGCUACUGCAGACUCGACAGGGAAGCACGGCAGGGAGGUCGCCUCCCGCUCCGCACCCACACCCACAUUGGCGGUCACCCAUAAAGAUAAAGAACCAGCAAACGAGGACGACAAGGGCGACAAGAAAAAAGAAUCGAGCGUCCCUCAGGUGUCUGUGGGAGUUCUGCCUCUGGCGGAACCUGCAGAGAAGCGUCGGAAAGCGUCGGCCAGUCGUGAGAACACCUCGGCGUCUGCGCGCAGCCCUACGCCGCUCUUCACCUCGCAGAUCAAGACGUACGCACAUGUACACCGUACACCAGAUGGUCGCGUGACUCCGGUGCGUGCACGGCGCGCGGGAGACGCAGACGGCGACAGCGGUGCCUCCUCCGAGAGUGAGGGGCAGGAGCUGGAGGUGAUGCGGACGGACGUGCGGUGGGUGAUGAAGCCGUCGGCCCGUGCUGCUCCCUCUUCCUCCAACUCGUCCUUCUCGUCGCUGUUCAGCGACCCCGACUAUGAGGCGUUGCGGCGCACAAAGGAGCAGCUGACGGAAGCGUACCGGAAGAAGAUGGCGGCGAAGGGAAAAGCGAACGUUGCGGGUGCUGGUCGACCGCAUGCGCACAAGGACGCUAGCACGCAGAGCGAACAACGGGCAGAGGGAACCGGGCAGCCAAAAUCGGAUGAUAAUUCCACGUUGGUCGACACGAAUACGUCUUCUACAGUACCUGCGGAGACGGCUCCUCCAGUGGACAGUGAUCGCGAUCACGCCACUCCGCCGUCCGCCGCGCUGCGGCACACGUUGAGGCCCGCCGCGCCCCUGUCGAACACCGUGAGCAUCGACCGUGAGGAAGAACUGCGCGACGCGGCUGUGGAGGGCGUAUGCGCAGUGGAAGAAGACGAGGAUGAUGGUAGCACCGGUGAGGCAGCGGUGCAGCCGACACAAAUCAGCAACUGCAGCAACGGCGACUGUGCAGACGUAGCACGGCCGGAGUCUCCGCUGAAGGAACCGCGAGGUACGCCACCGUUCUCCGCCUCCUCGCCGUCUCCAUCGUCGUUGCAGCCCAACUUCUCGCAGGCGCACUCCAGCCAAUCCUUUUCCAAGGAGCCGAAGUCGCCCGUGCAGAGCCUAUCCGCGUGGGAGUCCGCCCUCGAGGCGCCUGCGGCGGGCGCUAACAAUUUGGUGGUCGCCAGCGCUGCCGCUGCUGCCGAGCCUGUGGUGCCCAGCGGCUUUCGUAUGGAGAUGCACGAGGCGCCGCGCUCCCAUUCCUCGGGUGAGCCGUCCGGUGAGGACGGGUUGGCGGACGAAAGUGCGGAGGAGGGAGCUACAGAACCAUUGGAACCGCAGCGUGAGCAGCAGCAUUUAGCCGAUGCAAAGACACCAUUUCCGCCGUCGGAGACUUCCGAAGAAGGUGCGGAAGAGGAAGCGGCGAGAACGCCAAUAAAGGAGAAAGGGAAGAACGCUUUGGCAGCAGCUGCGCCAGCGGCAGGAACAGCAGCGGAGGCGGCGCUACCAAAUCAGAUCCUUCGCGACACCACGCUCCCAACCAUGAGAGACGGCGACGACGAUGACGACGACGACGACAACGCGAGCGCCUCGUCGCACACCACAGAAAUGAACAGAGACGUUGUUCAAGAGGAGGCAAAGAACGCAGCACCAGGCUCAUCGACCUCGCACCCCACAUUAUCGCGCGUUAACGAGACUCCUUUCUCUUCGGCGGCAUCGUCCACGUCCACUUCUACAUCGUUCUCUUCGUCUCGUCCUCUUACUGUAGCCAGCGCGAGUGACGUCGAGGAGCUCGCUUCUCAUCUUUCACAAGAGGCGAGGUUCCGAGUGCAGCAGAUUCUUUCGGCGUGUCCUCCUUCAUCGCACCCCUACUCCUCAGCAGCAGCGGCAGUACCCACUGAGCCAACUGUAUCUUUGUCAGCCCCCAACGCCACGACCUCGUCAUUGCCUGGAGCGCCGCACACGUCUCAGUGCAGGUCACCAUUGCAGGAGCGGCGCUCCCCCAGUUCGCGCUCUUGCACCUCUCGCUCCCUGCUUUCCUACUCGCAAGGCGCACCGUCGCAUCAUUCUUUCCCUUCCUCCGUCCCUGCAUGUGCGGGCAAUCGGGAUGUGCCAUGCCAGGGAGAGCAGCUGCGUAGCCCGUCCUCCGCCGCUCCGUCUUCUCAUUCCCUUCCACCGCAGCUGCAGCAUCCGGCACGUGCGGAGAGUCGUGUGGCAACACCGUUGAUGACCACCGAGGAAACGAUGCUGCCUGCCCCGUCGAUCGCCGAGCUGCUCUCCGCUGUGCUAGGCAGCGAGGAGACAGGCACCAGGGAGAGUGGAAGCGCUGCAGCCCUCGGCAGCGCUGAAAGCAGCUCCACGGUACCCUCUGCCGAGCACGACGCCGAUCGUGAGGCGCGUCACGCGAGCCGGCGUCAUCGCCCGCGUCCCACAUAUAAGAAGUCGCGGCUGCCCAAGACACAACUCGCCCUGCAAGUGCUGCGGGCACGCUCCACCGCGGCUGCUGCGGGCAGGCCGGCAGCCCCGUCAUCACAACCGGGGGGCGACUACAACGCGGCGGUGGCGGCGGCGCCCUCCGUGACUUUCCCGGUGUCCAUGUACGGCGUGCUCGGUUACAGACGUGAUGCGGAGAGCGGAGCAGACCCAGACGAACUCGCGCCUCUGCAUCACCCCUACGAUAUUUCAGAUGCGACUCUCCACCGCAGCGGGCCGCAACAUGAAUUGUGGACUGGCGUUGGGAUGCUGUACAGCCGCCUUCUCCGUGGUAGACAAGGUCUGAAGGAUUCUGCCUCGGCUCCGCGGGGCCGUGCGGGUGGUGAGGCGGACGAUUACUUGUCGGGCUUGCCUCAACAGGAGCGCUAUGACACACCAAACGUGAGCGAACCUGCACAGCAAACGGCGAACCCAACGGAGGUGGACCACCUCCAGCCCCACCGCCAAGGGGAUCGGGAGAACGACGAAGACGCAGCCCAGCAACAACGGCAGUGGGCGUCAGCGGAGGAGACAUCGUCCGCCAGCGACGGGGCCGUUGGUGCGACUCCUGCGCAGCAGCGGUCCGACAGCGACCGCGUCGGCUUCUCAGAAGGCUCCUCCAUCCUACCGCCCUUGACCACACACAUUAAGGACCGAACAGGAAGCGCCGCGAGGACACCGUCAGCUUCCUCGCCUGCUUCCUCCGUGGCGAGGACCGGCGCUUUACUAUCGAACGUGCCAGCGGCGGGCCGCACAUCUUCACCCAGCGCCUUCCAGGCAGGAAGUGCAGCGUCGUCCGGACACAGCACGAACCGCAACAACGCGACUGCCUGGCAGGAUGAGCGGGAGCAUGCAGAUUCGCUGCAUGGUGCUGCGGACACCUUAGGCAACACCACACCAAGCAACGACGCGAACUCCAUCGACGGAAAGGACGGCUAUGCGGCAGCAGCAGCUCGAACAGGUGUGUCCGUCGACUUCCAUGGCAGCGGUAAACAUAAGGAGGACGACGUGCCGAUGGAGGGAAGUGAGGCGGAGCGCGGAGCACAGAGUAGCAACGACAAUGGAAGGCCGUCCAAUGACGUUGUUGCUGCUGGGGAGACGACAAUCGCCGUGCAGACGGGAACAGCCGAUGGCGUCGCUCAUCCAGAUUUCACGUUAACGAAUCAAGAUGAUGCCGUGGAAAGGGAUGGGAGGGCGGGUGCAACUGACUUGUCAGGUGGUGCCGAUGAUCCCGGCCUGCCGUCUGUCCACGUACCGCUGCUAUCCCCGCAGAGUGAUGGCCCGUCGUCCAGUAACCCGCCACGACCAGCCAAGAGUACGCAGCGACGGAACUCGAGUGGCGUGGAGGAGUUGGCUACUACUCCUGUUGCCGAAACGCCGAGUUCAGGUGUCCUAGCGAGGUUCCCCGUGUCAAGCAACUCACUCACACCAGGAGACCAUCUCCAUGAGGCGGCAGCCGCACCCAUUCAUGUACCGCCGCUGUCACGGCCGCAGGAACUGCCGGAUCAGGCGAGCGAGGUCAGCGGCACGCAUCCUACAACGGGCGCUCCCACCCCCGCCUCGUCUGCUCUCCCUCGCGAGGGGGCGUCGGUGGCGUCGCUGCCGGACAGCCCGACGUGGGGCAGUGCAGCCGCAGCAUCGUGGCAGCGCCAUCCCGUUCCAGCAGCGAUUACAACACCAACGCCUCCCCCCAUGACCUCCUCGGCGGACGAAUUCCUCUCGUCGGAGCCGCACCAUCGCCGCCGUCCAUCCCGCACACCGCGCCUUUCCGACGCGGAGGCGGACUCCGCCGUGCCCUCCUCUCCUCAGCUGGAAGAGCAGUACUUAUCUAUCCAGAGUGUGAGGCGUAGCGAUCCGGGCCCUGUGGUGGCGGAGGGGGAGGCGGAUAGAUCACCCGCGGAGAGCGGAGACGCACGCGAGCCGACACAGGCGCCGCAGCAGUCGCCGCGUGCUCUUCUGAAUCCUGAGGCGCAGUCUACUGCCCGACAAACGCGCUCGCCCCGCAAGGACCACCAUGUGAUAUCUACAGCCAAUCGGUUGGCAUUUGGCGUGAUGCCGACAACACAACCGUAUUGUUACCAGGACUUGCUCAAUAACGCAGCGGGAAUUGGGAAGGGACUCUUUGCCGACGAUGUUUCCGCGUCUUCCUUGACGUCUUACGACGCUCAUCGCGGUGCUACGCCGGACUUGGUGAACAGUGCGCGACGCGUCUCUCACAGGUCGGAUUCACUCAACUUUUCUUCCCCUUCAGAGUCUGACUCAACAGGAGGGGCGGCGGCAGCACGGCAGAAGGCGCGGCAGCGGAAAGAGGCAUCACUGCUGCCGAGAGGGUCGGCGUCAGGGCGCUUGCGGGGCGACGCGAUCGCUGCGUCCUCUGCGGGCGAUCGUCUCGAGCACAGACGCGACGGCGACCGUCACCGGCACCGCUCUUCCCACCAUGGCCGUCACGGCAGUCGCCACGCACAGCGGCAUCCACAUCCGCAUGAAGAACGAAGCCCGUCCUCCCACCCAAAGCUCGAUGCAUCGGCCGCUGAAAGGAGAAAGAAGGGCCCCCGCCACGGUGAGGGAAGUGAACAUGUGAGGAGAGAGAGGAGGCGGAGCACCCCAGUUGCGAUGCCGGGCGGCACAAAGGAAGAGGUCAGGGCGGACGGAAAAGACCUGCGCACUGGUGGUCGACUGCAUCGCUCUGCCUCCUCCCGGCACCGGCGUUCUUCUCGUGACAGCAGUGAGUUCACUUUCGGCAGCGAGCGUCUGCCUCAGGAGCCGCCGCCACCGCCGCCGCCGCCGCAGCAGGGUCAUCAUCACCAUCAAUACGGCAAGCGUUCACCGACGCAGUUAGAUCCGGAGAAGAGCAGAGCUGCGGAGGAGAGCGAAAGCGGCAUUCACGGUAAGGCAUUGCGUCCCAGCAAAGACAACGCGAGAGAGGGACGGACGCUGGGUGGGCAUUGUGUCGACCCCCGCGAUCCGCGGUACGUCCGGCAGGAGAGUCCGCUCUCGCCCACCGUCGCCAGACUCUAUCCACAGCCAUCGUACGCGCCGACCCAUCCGUAUGAGUGGCAGCCCGCCACACGCCACCCUUUGCUCUCCGCACCGCGGAAGGAUCGAGCACGCGUUGCACCGGGCAAUCGGAGCUCUGCGGUACCUUCUAAAGGAGGCCUGGUCGGGUUGGUCGGCAAGCCACAAAAAGGACUUGCAAGUGAGGGGGACGGGGAUGUGCCUUCCGACCGAGCCGCACGUGCGCCCGGGGGUGCGCAACACCAUCAUAGUCACCGCGGCCGUCCACCCCACCUCAGCAGCCGCCACCUCUCUUCCGCCCUGACGCAUUCUUCUGCGUCAUCCUCAUUCGAUAGUCGUGGCAGCAGCGGCAGUGGCAAUGCUCUAUCGCUCUCCCCACACGGUGGUGGUCGUGGUCGUACGCGAAAGGUUUCCGCUCAGCAUGGAAGUGAUCGCCUCCUGCAAGACCACCGCAAAGUGCAGCCAAGUGAUGACGAUAAAGGUCCGAGUGAGGCGGUGGCUAACCCAUUGGCACAUGGUUCGCUAACACUGACAACACAACAGGAGAGUCUUUCACACCGCAGAGGAGAGCUAGAGCGAAACCGGCGCGAAGAGCCGCACAUGCAACGGCACCACCACCGUAGUCCACGUCUAGAGUCCCCUGCGCAUGCGUCUUCAGAGGCUGGCGAACCGCUUCGGCAGGGCAGCGGCUGCGCUGAUGCCGUCGGCGACGUGCCCACUGCUGCCCAACCAGGCGAUCUCUUCUACCAAGACGACGACGGUGUGUACCACCGCAUACGCGAUGAUAACGAGCUGCGCAGCAUCCUCGCCGCCGCCGCCGCCGCUGCUGGCUCGCCUUGUGGCCCUCCUUCACAUCGACCCGCCCGUCCCCUGUACGUCGUGCACUACCCCGUGCGCUCGCCUUCCCCCGGCGCGCGACGCAGCCGUUCUCCGCCGACGCAGGUGCUGCCUCGACGUGCAUGGACCAUCACAGACCCGAAAAGCUCGCUGGGCUGCAGCCGCCUCAACCCGUACUGUGAGACGUGCAGGAUGAAGUACAACUUAAUAUUUGUGGACGCCAACAUGCGACCGUUGCGCUGGCCGUCGCCGCAGUCUGCGGAGCUGGAGCAGAUGGGCGGCUGCCGCGUCCACAGCGGCUACAUCUUUGGCGAGGGCGAUUCCGCCUUUACGCAGCCCGCUUCACUAGCAGAGCAGCGGGAGCGGGCGUUGUACACGCGAGAGUGGCCGGCGCUGCCGCACACCCGUCAUGGUCAGCUGCUGGUGAAGGAGGAGGACUUGGACCGUCCGCUGCGCCAACUCACGCCGCCUCCACGUGGACGCUUCAUCCCGGUCACGUACGAGACGCACACCGCGGCGGCGCGGCGAGAUCUGCCUUCAUCCUUUGUCACCUACUCCAACGGCGGUGCUGCCGCCGCGGCGGAGGCUGUGGCGAGCGCGGCGCCAUCUUCCCCGCAGCGGCGAGAUCCGUUGCGAUCAGCGCCACGCGAGAGAGCGCCGUCAGCGGCACGAGGACCGCUGCACCAGCGGGAGGAGGAUUUACGCCGCCUCUACACGGCCUCCUCCACGCCGCCUGCACCGCCACAGAGGCGGUCACCGCAGGGGAAGCCACGCUUACCGUUGCCGAGCAGCAGGGAUGGAACAGGUGAAGUCGAGGGCCGCGGUCGUGCUCCUCCGGCAGACUUCUCAACCCAACGUCGACGCAGCGGAGGCGGCGGCGAGGGUGUGACCAGUGACGUGGCCGUCGACUCCGCUGCCGCUGCGGCGCAAGUGGCAUCUCUGCGAAAGGAGGAGCGACGGAUCAAAAAGGCGUUGAAGCAGCUUCUCUGGCGUGACUUGCCGCAGCAACGAGGAACCCCAGAGUGGGACCACUACUUGCGUUCGCUGAGCCAAGAGCUGCAACGGCAGCAGCUGCUGUAA